AUGACUCCAUCCGCUAUAUUUAAGGAUGACCAAACUUUCAGCGAGUACGAAGGUUCUAUGCAUGAUCUUGAUUUUGUCAAUCAUAAACUCUCAGUGAAUUUGGAUUCCACAAAUGCCUUUGAAGGCCCGGAAAAAUUACUUGAAAUAUGGUUUUCUCCUUCUUCUGACGAUUUACCGGAUGGAUGGCCUCGUGAUGGCUUAAGACAUAUUCCUCUCAGUGGAAUUGAAUGUAUGCUCGAUGAUGUCAAUUGCAAAAUUUUAUCCAAGAUUUCAUCACCUGAUAUGGAUGCUUAUUUGCUCUCUGAAUCAUCGCUUUUUGUGUUCAUUCACAAAAUGAUUCUUAAGACCUGUGGGACUACAACCACCUUAUUUUCCCUAGAGCCCAUACUAAAAUUGGUUCAAAAGUACUGUCAUUACUCUGCCGCAGAUUUCAGAGACAUCUACAGAGUGUUUUAUUCCAGGAGAAUGCUUAUGUUUCCUGAUCGGCAGAAUGAUGUUCAUAAAUGCUGGCACAACGAGAUGUUAUGGCUUGACAAAUAUUUUCCUGCAUGUACUGCUGAUUCAUAUAUCGUUGGUAAUUUGGUUACGGAUCAUUGGCACUUCUACAUGAACUGUGGAAAUCAUGCUCAUUCCCCGAUAAAUAGCUCGACAGAGUUGGAUGAAACUUUGGAGAUUCUGAUGACAGAUAUAGAUUCUCAUUCUGCAGGAGUUUUUGAGAUGUGUCAGUAUUCAGGAAAAUUCCCUAACAUGAAUCCAGAAACUGAGGAUUAUGGUCAUAUUUUGGGAAAGAAAAUGAUGCAUCUAAUGCAACUGGAUAAGAUAAUAGAUGCUAAGUCUGUCAAACAUGAUGCGUUUGCAUUUACGCCUUGUGGAUUCUCCUCAAACACCAUCAUAGAGGAUAAAUAUUACUGUACCCUUCACAUUACCCCAGAACGAGGAUGGUCUUAUGCUUCAUUUGAAACCAAUUAUAUGGGGGGUAGCAAACAAAAGUUGAUCAAUAAGGUAAUCCAGGCAUUAAAGCCAGGCAAGUUCUUUCUAUCCUUUGUCAAAGAAUCAAAGAAUCCCAAUUCUCUUAACCUUGCAAUCGAUCAAAUUAGGGACAUCUCCAUUCAGGGCUAUAGACGAGAUGAUAGAAUCAUCUACGACAUGAAAUUCAAUUAUUGUCUUCUUUACUGCUACUUUGUAAAGAAAUGA